UCUGGCCUGUAUAAUCUCCGUAGCCUGCUAUGACUCUGUGGGCGAGCUAGGGGAAAUUGGACUGGUCAUGUUCAGAGACAUGAACUCCGAGGUCAACUCUUUCUCACGCACCUUUGUCAAAGAGAUCCGACGCGCCGACGAGAUGGAACGAAAAAUACGGUUCUGUGCUCAGCAAAUGGAGAAGGGCGGUAUAGUAGAGGACGCGACAGAGCUUUUAACGUACGAGGCCGAAAGUAAUUGGCGCCAGCCGUCAUACUCCGAAAUUGAAGAUCUGGAUCACAAGCUGACCCGCUUAGAAACUGAGCUCAAAGAAAUGAAUGACAACGAGAGGAAUCUGCAACGCAACUAUUUGGAACUGAUUGAACUGCGUCACAUCGUCAAACUCACCGCUCAGUACUUCGAUGAGGCGCGCAGAAAGACGAGUGCGGGAUCCUUCUCAAGUGAAAACGAUUCAACGGCCCUGCUUGGGUUUGAUGAAAUCGAGACGGCGCCCGGUCGCACCGGUGUGAAGUUGGGCUACGUGACGGGCGUGAUCCACCGUGACCGGUACGAGGCCUUUGAGCGCGUCAUGUGGCGUGGCACACGCGGGAACGUGUACAUGCGCCAUACGGACAUCCAGGAAGAGCUGAUGGACCCAGCCACGGGGGAGAUGAUCACCAAGUGUGUGUUUGUGGCCUUCUACCAGGGGGGUGUGUUGGAGACAAAGGUCAAACGCAUCAGUGACGGCUUUGGGGCGACUAACUACCCGUGUCCCGAGACGUAUGAGGAACGCAGGGCACUGCAAGCUCGGGUCGCGUCAGGUAUUGAAGAGUUGCAGAUGGUUCUGGCGCGUACGGCGGAUUUCAGGAAACGUGUGCUCAACGAAAUCGCCGAUUCUUACGAAGAGUGGUACAUACAGAGCAUGAAGAUGAAAGCCACCUAUCACACUAUGAACCUGUUCAAUUUCGACAUGUCUGAGUCCGCAUUGAUUGCUGAAGGGUGGGUGCCCACGGCCAAACUGUAUGAAGUCCAACGCGCGCUUAAAGAUGUCACAGACCGACUUGGCUCAGGUGUCCCGACUAUUGUAAAGACAACACACACCCCGGAGAUGCCACCUACCUACCAUAUAACCAAUAAAUUCACCUCCGCUUUCCAGG